CCCGUUUCGUUCAAUAUAGGAUCCCGGGGAUAGAGAAACGGGGACAGGGAUAUUUAUCCCCCCCCCUUCCCUCCUCAGAUUUUUCGAGGCUUGGAUCGAGAGACAAGUUCAAAAAUUGCGUAUUCGAAAAUGAUGGCCGGCAAUUUUCGUCUCGCUUCCCUCGUAGAACCGAUCCGUAUAAUUUUUAAUCGGAUGGAACGAACGCGAUCUUAUAAUGAGGUAUAAUCGAUGUCAAUUUCAAUAAUUACGCGAGAUUACACGUGUAUUUGAUGAUACGCAGCAAGAUCGGCAGAAGAAUGCCGAUGAUGCAUGUAUCGGGCGAGCCGAGUCGAGCGAUCAUUACGAUCCGUUCCACCUCGCGUAAGCAAUUUCUUCUUGUCGGUUUCUAGAUCGACUGUGCCCGCUAAUGCGAAAGCAGAUUUAUCGCGGCGCGCGUUCCUACGUGUCGAAGAAGCGAUGAGAAAUUGGCCGCGGCCAAUGAAAAUCAGAACGAUACGGUUGUACGUAACUCGCGAGCGAUGCAUCUUCCACCUAGUGUCUCUCUCUCUCCCUCUUCCCCUUCCCCCUCUUUCUCCGCUUCAGUCAGGAUGAAAUGGACCUUAACGAGAGAGACCGGGCUGCGCAACUGCGAUAUCUGUCAAGACGUUUCCUCGUCCGCAUCGCAACGAUCGAUCUUUAUUUCUCCGCGAAUCUCUCUCCCUCUCCCCCUCUCCUUCUCGCCUUCUUUUGUGUCAGCCCAGACCGGAAGAGAAAGUGGCGAAACCGAGGCGGAUUCUCUCGGGCAGAAAAACCGCGACGUCUCGUCGCACGUCGCGUCCAAUGAUCGCUCGUUCCCUCGCGCGGACCUGAAUGGACGCGCGCGUUGGAAAAAGACGUGGGCGUAGCAGUGACGUAACCGUAAUUCCCCUCGCGGCAGAAUCCUUCGAUCCUUGGAGAUGAUAAACGGGGGUACCGUUACGGCGCGUUGGACGCGCGCGGCCUUACUUUACAACCGCCGCUCGCUCGUCCACGGAACACGAUCGUCCCGUACCCUCUUUUUAUUCCCCCUUGAGGGGACGUGUUUUUUCAUUAUCAUAAGGUAGCCAGGGAGUAUCGUAAAGUGUGCGAGUUAUUUCGACCCCCGCCUAUUACGUACCUCUUUAAAUCUCUGCGUUUCCCUCCCGGUCUUAUUUACGCGAAGGAGGUCUCGUCCGCGAUAAUGAAAAAGAAAGGGAGAAGAGAGUAUAUACUGGCCCUCCCUGUCCUUCGAGAAACGAUUAAUAAAUCGCGAAGCAACGACGGGGGACGGGGAUGGGGAGGAAAUUUCGUGGAACGGGGGGAUUAUUAUUCUCUUAACUCGUCCCGUCAAUUAAGCGCGAGAUAGCCUCGUUCGUGAUAGAUGAAAAAAGGCAUGGAAGAAAGCUACUCUCGUUUCACUUUCGUUCCGCGCUCAUCCUCGCUCGGCUGGUUAUGUUAAUUCCCGUGAAAUUCGAUGAAAUUCUCCGCGUUCUAACACGUAAGUUUCGCGCGAUUAAUCGUCGGUGGAGAAUGGUUUAUAUUUAGAAAGCGGAGGGGGUGGAGCGAGAAGUUUGACGAAGGGAAAUAACCUGUGAAUAAUUCACGAGGAGCUAGCGAAAGAUUAAUGGAUGCCAAUUGACUCGGUGAAUCGAAAGGAUUCGCUGAUGCAAAGAUGCGAGGCGAGCUAGGCAGAUAGAUGGGUGGCUCUGUUCCUGGAGCGUGUGGGCCUCGAUAGCGGGCGGCUGGAUGGGAACGCGCGCGUAACAAAAACGCGCGUAACAAAAAAAAUAUAACACGCGGCCGGAUUCGUUUUUCAAAGGAUCGCGCGGCUGUGGCGAGCCGCGAUUGGCGAAACGGCCACGUCCUCGUGGUGAUCCCGGCGACCUUGAAGCCGUGGCUACCAUAACAUCGACGAACAGCCUCGCCUCUCAUCCCUCCGCAUCCCUUCUUCUUCCAGACCUCCGGCCGUAUAAUAUCGAUAUAUUAGGCAGCGUUCACAACGGGCUCCUUCUCUCUUCGUUUUCCUCUUCGUUCGUUUCUUCCGUUCAAAGUCCCUUUUUAAGGCUUCCACUUCGCGUCUCCUCCCCGCCGUGUCGAUAUUCACAAAGAAAUCACAACGAUCACGAUUCUAAUUCCAUCUCGAAUGAUUAAAUUGCACGGAUGAAAGGGGAAAGACGAAUGGAAAAAGCGAAGGAAGAAUGGUAAACUUUGCGGAAGAAGGUUGAGCGACGGGUAAACGAAAUUUCUUUGAAGUCGAAAAUGAACUAAACAUUUGCUCUAAUAAUUCGACUGCCUAUGGCAAAGGACAGCCUUUUCCUUUCCUGCUUUAUAAAACGCACACCUGGUUUGGACGUUUAAUUACGUUGCACGAGCUUGCAGUACAUACUUUGCCUGAUACACGACUGUCCUGAAUUAAAGCACGGCAAUAUCGACUGAUAUAUUCACUGGCACGUGAGGAUAUCAAAUAAAGAGAUCAAAUAAGAGUAUCCAGUCGAAAGAAUUUAACGGAAAGAUUUUUGGGAAAGGAGAAAAGAAAUGGCGAAGAAUAUCUAGGAAGAUCUCCAAAGGCGACAUUGCAGAAAUCCAAGAAUAGCUAUCGAGUGGGGCUAAAACUGCAAAGUAACCGGCGCAAAAAUACUACGCGACGUGACACGCCAAGUGUAUAUAACUGAUCGAUCGUGACAAACCAGACAGGAGAACCCCUUGAUCGAAGUGGCCUCCUCUUUCUCUCGCUCGAGAAGACUACUAACACUUGACCGCGCCGAGUCAAUCGAGUGCAAUCGAACUUUGUUCUUUCUUUCCUUAUUGCGUGGACGACCGCAUGCGGACCGUCUAGGUGCCGGGGAAAAAUGCCUCGUCGCGACGAGUGGCCAGAGAACGCGUAUAUAUACAUAUCCACGCUCGGUAAACCUUGCGACCGAAAGAGAGCAACGAGAAGGAAGAACAAACACGAUCCGAUCGGAUGGAUCUUUCAUAUAUAUAUACACACGAGCAGUCCCAUCGAAGUGGGUUAACGCGUAAAACGUUCAAGAUGUGCGGCUGAAGAAAGUCGUAACUCAAAGGUGAUCCGGCCACUCGUUAUUAUUCAUGGAGAUUGGAAUUGGGUCAGGGAGUCUCGAUCGAUUACGUUCACGAUCGUGGGUCCUCGAAAGAGAAUCGUCGAUGGGAUCGUCGUCUCGGAAAGAGAGAUCUCGAAUUCGUGAAACGGAAUCUUCCUUCUCGAUCUUCGCGCGUCUACGCUUAAUCGCGUUUCACGGGUAUGUAUGUAUAUAUGUGGGUCAGUGAGACGAAUCGACAUCUGCUUGUGCACUCCCCUUAUCGAUCGGCGCCUUAUCGGGAGUAAACAUGGAAAGGCUUGGUUGUACUACGCAGAUAAGGGACGGCGGCCUACCAAGUCGACGGAGAGAAUUCAUUCAUUCUUUAUUCGAGCCACUACGGCAAAUGACAACGACGAGUCCCGUAAUUGAGCGGGAACUUUGGGAGCUUUGACCGGCGAUUAAACGAUCGUCGACGUGCUUUAUCGCGGUUGCUAAGGUCGACCGGAUAUUGUUUGCUCGAACUGGUAUAUACACCGAGGGAGGGAACGAUCCGAGGACCGAUCGAAGUAUAUUUUAUUUGGGGAGGAUGGGGGGAGGGGGCAGAAGAUUAAAAGAGCAGCACUGUUUGUAUCGACGAAACGAACCAUGCGAGAUUCGAUACGAGGGAAAGGAAUGAAAAAAAGGAGAGAGAAACUCGAAUCCAGCUAUCGAAACUGCGUCUAGAACUACUAGCGUGCGAGCGCGGGGGAGAUCCGCUCGAACAAAUAAUCCUCCUCGUCGGGCGAAGCGCAUCGAAGAAGAGUUAUUCUCGAUCGAGAAUAGCUUCGCGUAUUCGUGGGCUGUUCACCUCGUCGCCUCCAAGGCCGAAUGAAUGAUAAACGAAAAAGGUUACGGUCUCGUCCAGUGUUCGCAACACGAUGAACACUCGAGCUUUGGUGCUCGAGCUCUCCGCCGAUCGACCAACCAGUCUGCCCAGCCACCCACUUUAAUCUGCCACCCACGGAGGUGUGUGUAUAACCAAGGCGUACACUGUUCUCCAGUGUUUGCAUUCCUUCUCCUCGGCUCUCCUGUCAUUCGAGCACGGACCGCACGAAAACGCGCCAUGCCCGCCGCGUUCAUCGUCCGCCUCUACUUGGAAUAAAAUACGAUUCUUCCUCCCUCUUACGUACACGAACCAGACGAAAUGAUCUCUCGUGGAAAUGAUUCACGCGUAUUAUUACAAGAGAAAGUGUUAUAUUUCUCGAAGAAUCGUCGAGUGGAAUCGGCGAUAAUUUUUUCUUCUUCCUCUUUUUCGUUUAUUCUUUUACUUCUCUACCUUUUUAUCUUUUUUCAUAUGUAUCGUAUUCCUUCCCUCUGCGAAAUUUUUUUAAAGCUUAAAACUUAAAACUCGAUAUUAUUUCGACGUUGCAUUUCGGAUCGUUGAUUCAUAAAACGAGAAACGAACGAACCGCUGGUAGCAUUAAAAUCCGAGCCAUAAUAACGUGCACACGCGUGCAAACACCGACUAUUGCUCGCCCGUUGUCGCGAUAACGUUCAUGGAAAAACUACUGCUCGACUUUACGAUGAGCGAUAGCGGCAUAGGUGUGCAAUACGCGCCUCGACCGCGGGCAAAACUCGUACUACCUCGAAACUACCGUUCGACAACGUUCGUUCGAGGAAAAAAAAAAGAAAAAGAAGAAAAAGAAAAAUUCAGUUGAAAAGAAAAAGAAAAGAAAUCGCGAACGAUCCCAUAUUUCGUCGUUCGAUUCAUCCACGAUUCCCGAUAAAAACUAAAAACUUUCACCAUUCGUACCAUUUUCGAAACUUGCCCUGAGUCAUCGUAUCCCAAUCGCGAGCCGUUCAUCAAUAGGGGCCCAAACAAUGGCCCAAACGCGGCGAUCGUUUCGAGGCUUUAAUUAUCGCCGGCUGAGUUUAAUUGUCCAAUCGGACGCGCGACGAAUCCCCAACCGGUCGAAGGAGAACAAAUUGCAUUCCGCGAAUCACCCGAUCGGCACGCAAUUAUGCCCGAGAGACAGGUCGGCGGACAAUGUCUCAUAACUCAGCGGGCCGACUUCCUUAUGACUCCAUUGUGCCUCGCGCGUCCUUGCUCGAUGAUCGCGCGACGCGCCCUCCGCUCCGAACAGGAUGGCCGCUUGCCUCGUCCACUCUUCGACCAAGGGAUCGUCCCCGUGGCCGGUGUUUACACGUGUCGGCACCGCUCGAAAGGAACUCGUUCUCCUCGUGCAAACGACUCUGCAUUACCGGACGGGGUAUCACGGGUUACACGCGUGCGUGGGUCGUGUCGAGGGGAGCCUUUUUCCUCCUCUUCCACGCGCAGAGAGCGUGCGUGUGCGGCGUGUACGUGGUCGUCGGGACACGUGGGUGUCGUGCCCACCUUAUUCUGCAACGCGCUCACGUGUUACACCUUAGCUUUUUCCUCUGGAUGGAUAUCUUUCCUCUGGCAUCAUUGGAUCAUCGAGAGGGAAGAUGUGGAGAAAGGAUGUGGGGCGCCAAGUGUGCGUUGAAUUUGGUUGCCGAGCGUACGAAGAUGGGUUUAUUCGAUUAGGGGACACGUUUUCGCGAACGAUCUCUUCUUUUCUUCCCCGAAGCGAAAUUUUGUAAUGGACCUUCUCCUUCUCUGGGACAGAAGGGGAAGAGUUUUUACUUAAACGAAUAUCGUGUCGGGGAAGAAGGAGUUGUUCGUGAACCAGAUUGCGCUCGAACCAUCACUGCCGAUCUUGAUUACUCGAUUAUCGGUAUUAUCGCAAUUUCCGUUCCUCCUCGGCGAAGGCCGAUUGUUAAAGCGCCCGCCAAGAUGCUAAUAACGCAUUACGUUCUCUUUCAUUGGCAGCAGUGCUGCGCCAACUUGUCCAAGAACCGGUUGUUACAUCAAUCCGGAGUGACAGCCCAUUCAAAACUACUCUCUUCGUAGAAUUCAAAUGUUUCGUCUGGAAAAAAUUUUCUUCUCUCCUUCUCUCCCGAACACGUUUCAUAUCAUCGAUGCGGGCAAAUGUUGAAAAAUUCUUCUCGCUUAUUCGUCGAAUAUUCGAAAAUGAAUAUUCUUUUUCCAUUUAAAAACUUGCUCUUAAAUAAAAUAUAUUAAACUAUGAACUAAUUCCAAGAUUCGUAAAGUUGAAAGAUAUGAAGGAAUGGAAUAUAUUUUAAUCAAGAAAGAUAAUUCUCCGUCAACCGGUGUCCUACAAUUCGUACGAUCAUUCUUAAUAAAUGUAUCCAGGGCUAGCGGAAAUAAUCGUAAUCAAACCCGCAUGCCUUCCUCCGCAUGCCGUCAUCUUCCCACCGUUUCGUUAAAUUAUGGCCAAUCCUUUUUCGAGCGCGAGCAAGAAGCGAACGCAGCGAAAAAAUGGUGGACCACGAAAAAUAUCGGAGAACAAAGGACGAGCAUGGACCAAUUUCUCGUCCACCAGUUCAUAAUUCUUGCCGCCAAGCGCAAGGUCCGAUUGGUUACGCAAGCACAGCAGGCGUUCGGUCCGCAUCGCCGCGACUGCAGGGACUCCUGCUGCAGUUUAUAGCCCCCCUCCCCUCUCCAUGCCCCUCGUCUACAUUCCAGAGCUUCGGCCUCUUCCCCCCAGCGAAACCACCGCGACAAUAUUUGCGGGAAUUCGCGAAGAUAACCGAGGCGAUAAAAAGGAACGGUUAAAAUCUCUGCUGCGACGGUGGCACAUGGCUUCCAAGAUUCGAGAUGGCGGAAGAUGUAACCUCUUUCGGAAAAGAGGGGAAGAAAGAGAGAAGGAAAAACAUUAGCGAAAUGAAAAAAAAAGAAAGAGACGUUACUCGAAUUUAAACGGUUGAUUCACCGGCUCGGUGGAAAAGUUUGAAUAUAAUUCUUAUUUUAUAUAGAGCGAGGGGGAAAUUUGCAGGGGGAAAGUUUGCGAUAAUCCUUCGGAGAUUGGAAUUGUAAAAUACCUCUUUUCUUUCCUUUUUUUAAAUUCGUCGUGACGAAGAAAAAUUGUCAAUAACUCUUAUCAGGAGUUACGCAGGAGGAGGAACAUAACCCGCGGAAAGUUUUACGGAAACUUUCGUAAGCGAUUCAUCAUCCUUCUAACGGAACGAUACGGUAUUCCGUCGUUUCCUUCGUGGAAGCGCGAGAAAACGUAUUUUUAAAAACGUAAAAAUAUACAUGGAUGAAUCGAAUACCGAUAUUUUGACAGCGCAUCGUUUCGAGACACGGAUCAAAUCGAAAUCAGCCAAUUUUUGAAAGUUGAUUAAAUUGGAGAAAUUUAACUAAAUUUGCAAAAAAACCGCAGCCAAUCUCCGACCACCAUCGACUCUAAUUCCAACUCUAACUCCCGCUUCUUCUUCUUCGAAACGUUGAAACUAAAUUUCGACUCCCCGCGGGGAGGAGAGAAGCCUAAAAGCUUAAGCUGCGUUCCGCAUUCACGACGAAGCGAGCCACGGCGGAGAGGGGGAGCGAGGGGGGUCCGCGCGUGCACAUGCGACACACGGUCUAGCUUCUUGUUCCGCGUGAUCUCCGCGGCCAGUUGCGGUACGCGCAUACGUGCAGGCGCACGUUGGUCGAGCGAGAGUAGCUGGUCUCCACGAGCUGGGGACAUUUCCGUGCCCGGCGGAAAAUUGCCAAUUCGUCGAACGUCUUCGCCUCUCGUCCGCGCGUUUACGCUCUUGCGUGAUAUUCGAAUUUACGCGUUACGUGCUCCAUAUCCAUCCAUACGUGGCGGGAAUCAACUCGACUCGAACGUUUGAUCCCCCGCCGAAUUUCACCGCGCCUCCGAUCGCGAUUUAUUUUACGAUGGACGACGGGUUGAAGAGGAGCGCGAGUCCGUGGAUUCGAUCAACCGACCUUGUGUAACGCGUGUGCGUGUACGUCGGUAAAAUUGGCUCCGUUUGAUCGAAUUACGCUUCGUUCGUCGUCGUCGUCGUCGUCGUCGUAGUUUCUCUACGACACGACUACUACUCGCCCUGUGCUCGCCCGCUUUUACGAGCGUUUCGACGAUAAUUAAAUUGCAAUUUCGAAGAGAGGACACUUGAUGGAAGGGAGGCAGAGGGGCUGACAUUUAAAAUCGAGCACUCGAGGAGAAGCUUUCAAUUCAAUUAAGUCCGAUUCCUGAAUCCGGAGGGAGGGGGGACUGCGUCAUUAGCAUCCGUCGUCGUAAAAGUUUUAUUGUUUCGGGAGGGAAGGAGAUAGAGGAGAUCUGUAAAGGCGGCCUUUCUGAUAUCUUCUCUGGGAUCCUCGUCGGUGCGGAUUUCCUCGGAGCUGUAUGGAUAAAUAUUUACUAGAAAUAUCCUCUGUCCCGUCCCGUUGAGCGCCGGGGAACUGGCGGAGUGGAUCGUGAGCGCCGCGAUCUCUCCUGCUCUGCCAGUCGUUGUACGUGGAUACAUGUGAGAGCACGUAGCGCGCGCGAUUCCGUCCUCGUAGCUCGUGAGAAACUCGAUUCUCGCUCGCCUUGUUUUCCGCCGUUUCUGUGUUUUCGCUCGGUUCGACUCGAUAGAUCGAUCGAUCGAUCGGAUUAAGUGCGCACGGUGUUUCGAUCAGACGCGAUGAAUCACUCUGACCAAGUUAUAUUCUUUCUUUAUUUCCCUCCCCCUCCCCGUCCCGCCUCCCAUUCUGAAGAGGUUCGCGCGAGAAGAAAAUUUUGAAUUCGAUAAGAUACGCGGCUAUGCUUGUUGUUCGGAUAUCAUUAUUGCGCAACAAUUGGACUCGAUCGAAAGAAAAGACUCGUUGCGUAGUAAUUUUCAAUCCAAGUCCUCGUACUUCGAUCUUCCGUGUAUUAUUCGGCUCGCGAAUAUGUUUUACGUAUCGUGUCGAUUUUCUUCCACCUCCAAUCCUCUUAUUAACAAUUCCGAUUGCGGGCAAAAUUUUUCGCUAAAUAUUAAAUAUUUAAACGCUUUUCCUUUCACGAACAACAUUCUUUUCAACGAGUGCCUCUUACAGUUCAACAAAGAGACGAUAGAUAAGAGAAAUUCGUCAUCGGGACGAACGCUCGGCCGUUCGUGUGCGCUUUUUUUUUUUAUUUACAUAACAAAACUCGGGGCUAAGAAAAGGAAAGGAAAUUCCUUUACUUCUGGUAACCACGCUCUACGCGCUCGCACUUUCGUAUAAAUAUUUAUUCGCUGUACGCGCGCGGAUGCGGCGUUACGAAACGGAUCGAUUGUCCCCAUCCCCCUUCCCCCCCGAUUUCGCAACGGAGUACAAGUUGGCGUUACUCGUCGGAGAAAGAAAGGAAGAAAGAAAAAAAGAGAGAAGCGCGGCGAUAUUGUUUCAAUAUAGGGGGAACGUGGGCGCACGAUAACGGCACACGUGGCACACAUUUACGUGUGCGCGCAGGUGAAGCCUAUCCCGAUCGGUUUUCCGGGGAAAAGAAGAGGAGUAACGAGUGUUCGGGGUAACCUGAAUUUCUCGCGGUGAACGGGACAAAGCCGUUGUCAGCCGGGCAACAAACGGCGUCCAACGGUUAAAUUAGUGGAUCUGGCGAGCUUUUCACCCGCCGGUGCAAUCUCGAUCCCCGACCGGUCGAGCGAGAGAUCGUUUAUCCACCCUCGAGCUAUGUCCGGCUUCGUUCUCACGUGGAUAUCGUGCUUGGGUUUUGAACGCGCGAGAGGGGAGGAGGCUUGCAGGAGGAAAAAUGUGGUCGAGAAUUCUUGGGAUAUUGGGAUAUCGGGACAGAAAGGAUGUUUCGAAGCCCGACCGGCUUGAAAUUUGAGAAAUUGGGAGUUAAAGUUUCUGGUUUUUAGGUUAUUUAUCAAAUUAACUACCGCUUUGUCGAUUGUUUUCCAAUUAUUGUUUGGAUGUUUGAUGUUCAUUUCGAAACUGGUAGAAUUAGAAUUCCAGUUAGAUUCUAAGCGAUUCGAUCUUGCGAACUUUGAUCGGUGUUUAGGUUUUCUUUUCCAACGGAGAGCAGCGAUUUUGGAGGCGAGACAGUAAGUUUCUCCCCCUCCCAAUCACGGGAAAGAUUAAAGAAAGUAAUCCUUUAGGAGGAAUCCAAGUUUCCUCUGGAAACUCUUGGACGUUCUCGUGAUAAAUAGGAAUUGGACGAGACAUAAGUUUUACUUAAAAAAGUGAAACUAAAAGCAGACCCGCUGUUUGCAAAAGCGAAACAGCUGUGCAAACACAGGCCCGACCAAAUGCUGGAAAUUUUUCCCUACCCAAAAAUUCCUCCGCUUUACGAAUUCUGUUGGCGAAUUUCUCUCCGCUUUCUAACUGUAACGCCUGCCACUGAUCCUAUCGAGUUCGUUCGCUCGCCAAAUCGCGGUACUCUCCUCUACGGGAUCCUCUACGAAUGAACAAAAGUUGUCUCGGAUCGACGAAGGAAUCUCCGUGUCUCGUAUCGAACCCCGUGAGAAAUUCGCGUCGAUUUCUCCUCCGCUGUGUGUGAUUGAGAAACCGUACACGUUUUACACGCCCUUACCGGUAUCAAUGGCCGGUAUCGAUCGAAAUCUUAGCACCGGUCUGAAAUACGAGAUGCCACGGAGGAACGGUCGAGUCGAGAGGGGAAAAAGGGAGGUCGGUAAUUUGGCGUGGGCGGCAGGGUCAGUUGGAGGGAUGACAAGUGGGGGUGUCCAAAUAGCGGGUCGAGCGCUUGGAAUUCGCCAGGGAUCGAUUCGAUUUAAUUAAACUCUUGCCGAAUUCCUGGACACCUCGUCGCUCGAGCACCGUUAGGCUCGUCACGUGCGGAUACGCGUAAUCCCUUCGAUCAUCGUCGUUUCGCCUCGAAUUUCCCAAUUUCCCUCUACGUGCUCGUCGAGAAAUUUGGGAACGAUUGGGAACAGAGUUGAACUCGUUGUUGAUCGAAUAUUGUAACAACUCAGGAUGUUAUCAGGGAGGAAUGACGCGAGAGGAUGAUGUUGUUAGAGGAAGAAAAUUGUCGAUAAUACGAUACGGUAAUUGAUAAUUAAUGAUACUGCUCGCGUAAUGACACGAGGAAUAGCUCUCGAAGAAGUCGAUACGGAGAACUGGAACAACGAGUAUUAAAGUGGAUCAAGCGGUGGUAAUAAGAAAAAGUAUUAUCGAUCUUUUUCCAAUGUAAGAAAAAUAAAACUCUUCUUUACCUGGAAAAAACACAUCCUUGAAUCCUCGAGAAAAAAAAAAAGAAAAAUCAUCGAUACGAGAACGUUAACCUAUACCUCGUUAACCUGCAAUCUGUCCCGUACCUUGAGCGCCGUCCCGCUUCGUCAGAGUGUUAUUUCACCGCGACGUAAAAGCCGUUGUUCUGUCGCGAAAGAGGACGCGCCGCGAAUCGAUAUCGGUUUCGGGAAGGACCUGGUGCCCUAUCUGCGCCAAGUCACGCGAAUCCAGGGCGUGGACGGAAUCGCGGAUGGGCGAAAAAUCUCGAGUCCUCGAUCCGUAAAACCCCGAUCUGUGAACGAAUCGCUCAUAUCCGUUCUCUUUCGUUGGCAGAAUUCGUGUCACCACGCUCGCCGAUGCUCCACGUUUCGUUAAUUAGCGCUCGGCCGGGCAGAGAGGGGAGGACAAGCGGCCAUUCCUCGCUACGAUGUCGGCUCGAGCGAAAAGUGAGGGCCGAUCGUGCGAUAUGGGCAUUAGCUUGCGACCUUCCGUCGCAGUUUUCGCCUCGCGUCAUCGACUAUUUGUGUAUCUAAAAAGACGUAGCGGAUUCUGAGGUGGAGGGAGAGAGGCGGAGAGAGUGAGAGGGAGAAGAAGAGAGGGAGGAGGAGAGAAGAGGAACGGUAGCCGUGGCGAGAGGAUAUAAAGAAGUUCCGUCUCGUCGAGUUGGUUGAAGAUAGAGCGGAUAAUUCGGCCGACUUCUGGGCAAACUCGAUGCGAGGGAAUGCCCGCGGGAUGAAGGCAAAGCUGUCGCGAAAAGAACUGGAUGAUCUCUUUAGCGAGGGUGCUAGAUUCCGGGAUACCUCGCAGCAAAUCCAUAAGCAAUGGCAGGCGGAUCCGGCACGAGCGUUUCCAACAGUUGGCACCGUUGGCACCACAGGCUCGAUCUCACCGACGUCGGGCGAAAUUUCAACCCCGAAUUCGACGCCCAGCCCAAGCCCUAGCCCCACUAACAGUCAACAAGUCGCGCAUAAUGGGGGUUACGAGACUCAACCGAAGAAUGUUAACACCAUCUCGAGAAGCAAGCAGCAGCAGCAACAACAACAGAUUCAGACGUCCUCGUCGACGACGACACCCGCGAGGACGCCAGGCGUCGGGGCGGACGCGACGACGACAGGAUCCGGGAAAGGCGGUGGCCGUGUGACGGAAGUGAUGGAGCUUUGUUACGUCACCGAAAGAAUCAUCGCGCUCUGGUACAGGGAGGAUGCGCAGGGAGUCCUCGAACACGCUACCGCUCUUCUGCGUGGAAAGCACGCUGAUAAUUAUAUGAUAUUCAAUCUUUCGUCGCCGGGUCGUGCGGGAGAGCCAAACACGAGGGAAGCGGGAUGGCCUCAGGGUCUGGCGCCCAGUUUGGAAAGAUUGUGCGCCCUGUGCAAGGAGCUGGACUCCUGGCUGAACGGGGCUCCGAAUCGCGUGGUCGUCCUCCACGCCAGGGGAAGCAAAGAACGAUUGGGUGUGGCUGUGUCCGCUUACAUGAACUACAGCAGCAUCUGCGGCGGACGUGAUCAGGCGUUGGACAGGUUUGCUAUGAGGAGAUUCCUCGACGACAAGAUUGGAUCCCUGCAGGUUCCCUCGCAUCGAAGGUACAUCAAAUAUUUCAGCGGACUUUUAUCAGGCUCCUUAAGGAUCAGUCAAUCCCCGCUCUAUUUAACGCAUCUCACCGUCCUCGGCGUUCCGCUCUUCGAGCCCACGGGUUGCCGGGCAUUCCUCAAGGUCUACGAAGGUCUGAAUCCCGUCUACACCUCGGAUCUCUACUCCGUGACGAAUGCUCGCGAGUUCACCGUGAAUCUCGGGGGUCUUCGUCUGAGGGGAGACAUUCUGGUGAAAUGUUACCAUAGAGUGUACUCGAAGCAGAGCCGGGAAGUAAUGUUUUCCCUGCAGUUCCACACCUGCGUGAUUACGGAGAACGUGGUCUCCUUCCCUCGAUCGGAGCUCGACGUCGCCUGCGACGACCCGAGGUGUCCACCCGACAGCGUGGUCACGCUGUACUUCGCUACCGACGCCAAACGUCAGGACGGGCCUGUACCAGCGCCGACGCCCGCUGUUCCCCACGCCUCGGCUCAUCACGACCCCAUCCUCCACUGGGACAGCUACACGAAUCUCGAGAUCAGCGACGACGGACGGGAAACUCCAUUAUCACCGCCACCACCUUCGAGCUCCUCCGUUCAGACGUCGCCUCGCGGAUUGGGUUACACCUGCGGUCCCAUAGAUGGAUCCCUGUACGCUGUGGUACACCAGGGUGCUGCCGGUGGUGCCCGUGGCUCGCCAUUGACAGUUUCCAUGGACAGCGGAAUUAGCAGCGCCCCGCCACAACGACCUAGCCCGCCCGAGCCGGAGCCGGAUAACCAGGCUCACGGCGAUCUCGAUAAACUGCUCCAUGAUAUGAUGCUCACCGUCGAGUCGAUGCCGGAUCCCCCAACAGAGGAUUACAGAACGGACAGGAGCGAGAAGAUGUACAUUCAAGAAACUCGCAGCUAUAGCAGCCAUGCGAGCAGCCAUUCCCCCUCCACUUAUUCGACGCUGAAGGAUUCGUACAGGAAUUACAGCGGCGGGAAAGAAUCGAGCCCCCCGUACAACUCGAGCAGCAGUUACAGCACCCUGAAGAACGAAUAUCGCGAGCCGCCCACCAAGAUGGACCAUCGAAGGGACGAGUUCGAGUAUCGCGUAUCGCCCGACCGAAAGAUCGAAUCCUCGACCGAUCCGUACAGGAAGCACGGUGACUCGUUCUCGCCACCUGGAAACAUCGAUUACAUAGACGAGGAUAUACCUUAUCACGCCAGGCAGACGAGUCAACCGUUCUCUUACGGCGCCACCACCGACAUGCUCAAACAUCAGAAACUUUCCUCCCCCUCUUUGGUGAGGAAGGCGUCCGUACGCGGCACCGCGCCCGUCGUCGAUUUCGAGGACAUUCUCGGGGAGAACUCGAGGAGACCCGUCAGCCCUUUGAGCCCCAACACCCCCGAUCCUCCGCCAGAAUUCGCCAACGGCUCUGCUAAGAACGCCUCGGAUCACGUGGACGGAUUAUCAUGGUUGAGGCAACAGCAGUUGAAACUUGCCGCGAGGAGGGAUGAAAGAAACCCGGGGAAACUUUGGCGACAAGAAACCGGAAAUCGCGUGAUCGGCGAGCUGAGAAGCUUGCAGAGGGGAAGGAUGAGGCACGACGGAUACGCCAGCGAUUCUGCGGUUCUUGACGACGAUGAGGACACGUGGCUUAUCAAUUCCACUUCCGGGCAGUCACAAUCGAGGGCAGCGCUUUACACAUCCGCGCCGGCGAGCCCGUUGCUUCCGCAACGGUCGAGCAGCCGGAAGUACAACGGUACCACCGGAACCGGUACCCUGGGACGGCCACGGGCCGAGAGCGUGAACGAGCGUCCCUUCAUGUCCAUGAAACGAGCAUACGAAUAUCGCAAAUACAGCAACAACCAGAGCCCUCCGACAUCCCCCCGCUCAGGCUUAGCAAGCACGCGACCCUUAGGAUUAGCAGUGCAGCUACAAACAUCGUUCAUUAACACGGACAAGCCUCAACCACCAAGGCCAGAGUCGCGUAGCGACAGCUUUGCUCGCGCUGACGCUUUGUUGCGCGAGCACAACAGGCAGCAACAACAGCAGCAGCUGGCCGCGGUCAACACGGAGCAACAGAAACAACCGAUUGGCCAAGAUUUCGCCACGACCAUGCCUCGUAACUCUCGACCGGAAUCGAGAAAUCGAAUCGUGUGUUUGAGCUCGACCACGUUGGCCGGAAACGUUGAAAGGACCACCGACCACGUGGACGGAGGAUUGUUGACGAUGGUCGAUCAGCAACAAUCGAGCGCGCGCAACAAUCCGGACCCUCUCGUGAGCCUCAUUCAAUCAUUGGCUGAAAUUUCGCCCAUUCGAUCAUCCCAUACGGUGACUAACAGCAACAAGACAGACACGAACGAUCAUCACGCGCCGAGUAUAGGCGCGGCAACCACCACCACUGCGAGCAGCAACGUUGUUAACGCCAUCACUAAUUGCUCCCCUAACCAGUCGCCCAAAGCAUGGCAGAAUUGCACCCAGUCGCACAAUGACUCCGCUUCAUCGUGGACCGAGAGGAGCGUAAGUCCCGGAAGCGCGGUGGUGAGCAGCGCGUCGAGGCCUCAAACUCCGGCAUUUCCGGUGCAUCCUCGGACCCCGUACGUGAACAACUCCUCGCCCACGGUCACGUUCGCGGCUGAUCGCUCUUACGGCACCAACGCCACAUACAACGUGAACAACAACAACAAUAAUUUAAAUAACGUCGAGGCAGCCGGGAACAACAACAACAACGUCGGAAAUUACGCGAGCGAACGAACGAUCUACAUCGAAGAACGAAGAGAAGUCUCGAAAGAGACGGGGCUUCCACCCAAGAGUCCGACAACACAGAGACGCUUGAGUUUCCCGGCAAGCGGGCCACUUAAACAAACGCAUAACAAACGAUGGCCGCUCACUAACCAAUCGGCGUCGUUCGACUAUAGCAAGGACCGAUCUGUUUCUCCGAUAAACGAGCCAACGAUGCAACAGUCGCAAGCUGUCUCGCGCAGCCCUGGUACUCCGACCCAUAUCGAAUUCGCCCAAAGUCCUAAGAGUGCCACGUCGUACACUUCCAUAAACAGCGGUGGCCAAUCGUCUCCUCAGGUGCAGUAUUACGGUUCAAGACGGUCCAGUGUACACUCGAACACCGAGCCUCAAGAAGUGGCCGACGUGAACGUGAAAUUCGUGCGCGACACGAGCAGAAUCUGGUACAAACCUAACAUAUCUCGGGAGCAAGCGAUCUCGAUGCUGAAGGACGCAGCGCCAGGGACGUUCGUCGUCCGGGACAGCAAUUCCUUCCCAGGGGCCUUUGGACUCGCCCUGAAGGUGGCGACCCCGCCUCCAGGUGCGCCCAGCAGUCCCAGGGACCCGUCUAGCGAGCUGGUCAGGCACUUUUUAAUCGAGCCCACCUCGAGAGGCGUCAGAUUAAAGGGAUGCGCCAACGAGCCGGUUUUCAGCUCGUUAUCGGCGUUGGUUUACCAGCACAGCUUGAUGGCGAUGGCUUUACCUUGCCCGCUCUUGCUCCCAGAACCGGAAGCUGCAGCCAGAGCCCUUGAUUCGCCAGGGACGAACAGCACGCAGCAACUGCUCGCACAGGGUGCAGCCUGCAAUGUUUUGUACCUGUUCACCAUGGACAUGGAAUCGUUGACCGGGCCUCAAGCCAUCAAGAAGGCAGUGACGACCAUGUUCGAGCAAAAGCCGUUGCCCGCCGCGACCAUAGUUCAUUUCAAAGUUUCCACCCAAGGGAUCACUCUGACGGAUAACGCGCGAAAGUUGUUCUUCCGUAGGCAUUAUCCCACGAAUAAUAUCAGUUAUUGCGGUUUGGACACGGAGGAGCGCACCUGGGAUUUCGCCAGCGAGGAGACCGGCCGAUCGGUCAGCGCCCAUCGAUGUUUCGGAUUCGUUGCCAGGAAACCGGCGCACAAAUCGGACAACCAGUGUCACGUGUUCGCCGAGCUAGAACCGGAACAACCAGCCACGGCCAUAGUGAAUUUCGUGAACAAGGUCAUGAUGGGCAACUCCAUAGCGAAGGCCAACAUCGUGUAAAUCGUUUUUUAUUCGUCUCACGCGUCCUCCAAGAUGCAUGAAUAACGGUUUUUCGUCUUCGAGGCCUGACAAGAAUCGAUGAAAAAGAAAAAGAGAAGAAAAGAAAAGAAAAAAAAAACCCAUAAAAGCGCGAUUCAUCGCGAAGAAUGAAUACAGCUUGACCGCCGUUUCACCGAGAAGAAAUAUAGUUAUAUAUGUAUGAGCGUGCUGUUCGUUCGAAAACGACGAUUAGUUUGACUCUCGUCGAUAGAUGUUGGCGCGUUGUUGAACGUAGAGACAGAGUCAGUAGAGCAUGAAAACGUUCUAAGCAAAACUAUUAGGUAGAGAUUAGAACGAUAGGGAAUUGAUUCGUUAUUGUUCUAAACGGAAGAGGUUUAUAUGAUACGAUAUAUAUAUAUAUAUAUAUACAUGAAACUCGAUUCCAUCCUCCGUGUCGGUGUGAUCACACGUUUCAUCGCAGAAGAGAAUGAAAUUAAUUAAUUAGAACGCGACGAUCGUUACUACUCGUUGUUUACAAUUAUUAAUAGGUGAUAGUAGAGUAAUAUAAAAUACCCGGAUACCCGGAGCAAAGUACGAUGGCGGGAUUGCAACUUCCACGUGUUGUAUUGCGUUGUAUUUUUGUAUGGAAAAUAUUCGAGGAUAUCUUUACCUUAAGAAUUAUUAUCACGAAUUAUUCCUCUAUAUACAUAUUUUCUACGAAUUUUUUACGUCUACUUAACUCCACCUCCACCAGAGGAUCUACUGCUACCAAUGUCAACCGCAUCGCGAUCGAAAAGCAAUCUAUCUAGAGCCACUAUUGACUAGCGUCCCGCUGAUAUCGAUUUCGUUUUCUUUCUUUUCUCUCUCUCUUUUUAUAAUCGCAAUCAUUAUAUAUUCGUUCAGAGACGAAGUUACAGAACACGACGUUAUACUUUGCUUCCACCACGAGAUACACCGUUGCGCGAAAACGCGUAUUAUUGCAAGCGAACGUACCGAUAGUUGGUAGCUAUAGUUGACGAGUUAAUCGACCGUGCUCUGUGCGGGAAUCUCGGAAAGAUCGUCGCGCGUUCGAAGCGCAGUCUCGCGAGUACGUGUCUCGAUCGCAGAAGAUAAUAAUAAAAAAAAGAAAAAAAGAAUAGUUUGCACGCGUAUGUACGUACACAUUGUUAUAAAAAAAAAAAAAGAAAAAAAAAAGAAAAAAGGAAAAGAAGAAAAAAAAAAGAAGAGGAAGAUCGCAAGAAAAUAUAGUUGAAUAUAUUAUAUAUAAUAUAUAUAUAUAUAUAAUAUAAUAUAUAUAAUAUAAUAUAUAUAUAUAUUAUUAACCACGUUAUACGUUGAGACUCUCGAGUAAUGUUUAUCGAAGAAAAUGUUACGUCGUUGUGCGGAGCCGUGCCUGUGUAUCGUAGCCCGCCAUGUUCCACGAGAAAGCAGCGGUUCAACGUUACGUUACGAUGGUAAAACGUUCUAUAAAUAAACUGUAAAUAAGUUGAAACACGAGAAAGUAUGAAAAACACAGUGUCGGGCGGAAGGGAGGAGGAGACAAUCCGAAAGAGCUCACCGAGAUAAGAAUCGACGAUAAAGGUCGAGGAAUAAAAUGGGGGGAGGGGAGGGGGAAAAAGAAAAAAAGGAAGAGAAAUUUUUAAUUUUUUUUCUUUUUUUUUUCUCUUUUUUUUUUUUUCCUUCGAAACGCGUCAACGUGACGGAACUGAAUAUAAAUAAACGAUACUCGAUGAGAAGUAGAGAGCGGUAUCGAAAUCGAAACAUCACAUUUUGUUUGGUGACUCCCCGUAGGUUCUUGCCAUUUGAUUCGUCCUCGCGAGUGACGUCCUCCUUCGUUCGUCUAGAAAAAAAAAAAAGAAAAAGAGAAAGAAAAAGGAAAAAAAUUGGAAAAUAUGCGUCGACGAAGGAAGAUGAGAUCGGCGGGGACGACGACAAGCAGUCAAUUAUCACGGAAAAAAAAAUCGUUAUACGUGUAAUUACGACAAUACCGUGCCACGAGAGGAUCCACGAUAUAAGAAAGAAAAAAAUAAAAUAUCGUUUAUCGUCGUUCCUCGACGUCGCGAAAAUUUUUCCUUUCCUACUUUCCCUUCGUCUUCUUUUUUUUUCCUACUGUUCUUGAACUGCAAGAUCGAGAAGAUCAGUCUGGAUCUCGUUGCAAGGAUCUCCCUCUUCUUUUAUCCAAUCCGAUCGUCGAUGGAUGGACGGAACGAAGAUCGAGGGACUUUUCUUUUUUUUUUUUUCUUCGUCAUAGACACCGUGCUGCUAGUCAAAAUUCGAUGUGUACACUCGAACGAACGGGAAAAACGAAUUCUGAGACAAGAUACAGAUCUCGAUCGCAAGAGAACAAUCGAUCCGAAGAUUUUUCUUCUCGAUCAAUCUCCUCUAUUUUCUUCCUCGAUGCCGUUCCCCGUGGCCGAGUUCCUCCGGCCGCGUGGCGCGAUCAUUCUCCCGUCUCUUUGUAUUGUGUAUGUUUCAAUUUCUUUUCGUACAAGUGGAAAGCCGACUAACAGAGUAACAUUAAUUUAACACCAGUCAUUAUUAUAAUAUAAUUAUUAAUUAUUAUUACUUAUUUACGCUCUAUCAUUACGUACAUUCACGCAAUAAUUGUAUUGCCGCAAUAUACCGGGGAACACCCGGGUAAUGCUCUUAUAGUUGUAAACGAUAAUAAAUCAUAUUCGCAGCGUAA